AUGGCAUCUAAAAAGAUCAAUGUACCUUUGGACGAAUCCUGGGUCGUAUCAGAAUUUGAAAAUUCAAAUUACAGUCAAUCAGUUAUCGUUGAAGGCAUCGAAGCGGCAUCUGCAUCUUUUCCAACCGACAAUAUUUCCCCAGUAUCUUCGUUCUCGGAAAGUGACUUGAUUAAGGAGUAUGAGGAUGAAGAACCCGCUGUUGCUUUGCCUUCUUCGCCACCAAAUCCUAUUGAAUCUACCGCUACAUUAGCUUCCUCGGUGUCAUCAGGACCAGAACUGAUAAUGCCUUCAAUAAUGUUUGACACCCACAGUUCAGAUCAUGGGUCUUGGGUCAUUCCUCGCAAGCGAAGUAUACGAUCUCUUUACGAGAGUCGUAAAGCACCCAGAAUACCCAAAGCACGCAGUGAAGCAUCUAGUCAAGAACGAAAAAAACAUCAGGCAAGUAAAAAAGAGCCUCUACCUGCAACUACACCCUCUUCAGACAAGAGUGCGCGAGAUUAUUUUGCGCAAGUGAAGGGUUACCUCUCUGAAGAUAUAAAUCGAUAUCAGCUUCUCAGAGUAGUCCUCAACUCUCUUUUGGUGCUCAUGACAAUGCACCUACUCAUAUUCCCAGAAUUGUUUCAUCAGAUGCCGGUCCUUUGCAAAGUGCCCGGGGCUCCCAAGGUGUAUAGUCAGACAUGUACGAGGUCAAAUCGUACUAUAGCCGGAAUACCCCCUGCGAGCCAUCAGUCAACCGUACGCACGCAAAUCCAACUACAAAACUACCUAAAUCAGACAAUACAAGACAUGGCACCGCUCGAUGUGCUGUUUAAAGACACUGAUAUAAUUCUCCGAGACAUAUACACAGCUAUGCGGCAGGAAUAUGGUAGUGCACGCCGGGAAAUCGAGCUCGAAUUUGAAGGCGCCUGGGCUGCGUCUCGUUCCAUCAGCCGGACCCUAAUAAGUUUGAAAGUGGAUAUGAAGUCUACUGUCGACGGAUUUCAAGCGCCAAUUCAUCGACUAGAAUACCUCAAAGGGGCAGCAAGUAUAUUCAUUCGACUUAUGGGUCGAGAAAAGUCAGCCUUCGAGAACGAGGAGGAACCUGGCGAUAUGGCCAUGAAUCACUUUGGUCGUCUGAGCCAAGAAUUGGACACGUCUAUCGCUCACCUGGUUCAUAGAACAGAUAGAGUUUUAGUUCACCUGGCUAAACUAGAUGACCACCUUCAGUCGAUCCAGAAACUCGGUGUACGCGAACAAUAUCGUCUCCAUCCGAAGCCCACAGACGGAAAUCGAAUACAAAAUAUGUUGAAUUCUCUGAGUGGAUUUAUUCAAGGGCCGAAAAUAUCUGAAUCAUUCAAUAGCGAGGAGCAAGAGAAUAUAGCACUCGACCAAUUGGAGCGGCUCGUGUCAUAUCACAAUUUUUUGGCAGAUGUCGUUGGGAGAUUGGAUAGAGAGCUGAAAGCGUUGCAGAAACUCCGCUCUAUUCGUACAUGA